GCCACGACGUUCGUUGUUGGGACGAAUAAUCACAUUGUUAAACACAACACACUUUUAUCGCCGUGUGGCAGAUAUCGGUGGGACACACGGACACCACGGCACAUAAAGUCUACUGAAGAUACUGUGUAGCAGUCCUAUAGCUAGCUGGUGGUGUGUUUGAGCGUGGAACGUUUAAAAGCUCCUUGGUUUUAUUAUUGUGAGGCACGCAAGUGUAUGCACGUCGUAAAACAUCAAAUAGACUUUGGUGGUCAGCCGUCCUUGCCCUUUGCCGAGCCGACGUGCAUCGACGCGACGCGGGGUCUUUCCCCACUUGACGCUUAUCACUGCACUGUGUGCACUGCGGAAGGAUCCUAUCUUGCUUUGUGAAAGAAGGUCGUUCACCAACACGGUUCGCUCUUGAGAACAAACUUAACAAGGCGCCCCCGCCUAUAGGCCCACUCACGAUCGCUUGGCAUAAUGAUUACGACGUUUUAUGCUUUAGCCAUCAGAUUUGCCAAUGACGAGCAAAAUGGGCUGACAGUAUCCUUGCUUAUAUGGUUAUAAAGGGAUGAUGCGUGCUCGGUAGUUUUUAUUCCUCCAUGGUCUAAUUGAGGAUCAUUACGCGUUACGGCCCGAUGCGACAAUGUCUCAUGAUGACAGUCAAGAUGCUUCCUUGCACGAGCCAGCGACUUCUCAUGCCGGCAACUUACUACCGUCAUCUUUACCGUGGACAGUGCUAGAGGUGCAAACUAUCUUAUUAGCGGUGAUCACCAACGCUUGCCUCUUGUUGUAUGUCUGGGUAGAGCAUUCUCAGCGUCGCUCACUUAUGAAUAGGCUGCCUCCAGGACCGACCGGUCUACCCUUCAUUGGGUCGCUCCUAGAGCUACGAGGUAACGCCAUCCAGCGUCUCCGUGAAAUUGCUAUCAAGUAUGGCCCUAUAUUUACAAUUAAGCUGGGAAUGAUUCGGAUGUUUAUUCUGAGUGAAGUGGACAUCAUACACGAGGCACUUGUAAUCAAUGGGGCUGUUUUCAACGACAGACCUGCCUUUCUAGGAAUUAUGAGUGGGUCUGGCAGUAAAAAGGGAAUGGUGGCCCUUGAGAGCGGUCCUUUCCACCGAUACCAGCGUCUGUUCACACGAGAGAUCAUGCGAGCCCUGGGCAUUGGGUGCGUGAAGGGAGAGAAACACUUCACCAAGAGUCUAACAGAGCUGUGCCAACACUUAACGGAGAGUACCGGGCGACCUCUGGACGCCAGAACCACUUUAUCCAGCUUCGUAUUCUACAGCUUCUCAGUCUUCUUUUUUGGCAACGCUUCUGACAACAAUCAGGCAUUGAUCAAACUACGGGAUUCACCGACCGAGCUGUUACACCAGAACCCAGCCUUCAUUCUGGCCUCAAACAUCCUACCCAAGCAUUUCGUUGAGCAGCUCAUGCCAAACAAGAAGAAACUCACCGACAGUUUCUUGGAGAUUUUCCAGGGACGGCGUCAACAACAACAACUCAAAGACGACACCUGGUCAACAGAUACCAGCUUGGACUCCUUCCUGGACGGCAUCCUAGCGAUUCAGAAACAGUACAUGAACAAAAACAAUAGUUCUAGCAGUAGUGUCCAUGAUGCGGGUAACCAAGGUGAUGGUAACCAUAGCAACGUGAUGGAUAAAGCUGCUGCUGCUUUAGCUCCUGAUGAACAUUACAUGCAGAUGUUCUUUGAUUUCUUCACUGUGGGAGCUGAGACAUCGCUAGUUGAGCUGCUGUGGGUAUUGCAAAUGGUCAUGCUCUAUCCAGAGUGGCAAAGGAGGAUUCAGGAAGAACUAGAUCAAGUCGUUGGGACAGAAGAUGCACCUUCUCUGCUGCAUAAGCGCAGACUGCAUGCAACCAUGGCAACCAUUUCAGAGGUGUAUCGUUUCCGACCAGUAGCUGCCUUGGGGGCGCCUCAUCGCGUGACACAAGACAUGUUCCUCAGGGGUUACUUCAUCCCCGAGGGCAGCUACAUCUUGACCAACAUCUACGCCGCUCAUCAUGACAGCAAGCUGUGGAAGGAGCCAGAUACGUUUGAUCCCGGACGCUUCUUGGAUGCGGGAGGAAAAUUCAAGAUACCGAACCGGAUGGUCACCUUUUCUGCAGGUCAAAGAUCAUGUCCCGGGGAGAUGUGGACUCGUUCCUUGAUAUUCCUGUACAUCACGACAAUCUUGCAGAAGUUCACGCUGAGAUUUCCGGACAAUGAAGAUCGUCCAGAUGUGAUGGGGGAACCGGGAAUCAACUACUCGCCUUGUGAAUUCAAGAUAUGUGCUGUGCCUCGAUAAGUCGUGAAAUAUUUCUACAUAAACACUACAACAAAUGGUUUUAUAAACAUUAGAAGAAAAAAGAAAACAUCUUAUUUCAAGAGAUAAAAGUCUGAUUUCAAGAAAAGAAAUUGCCUCACUAAAUCGAAAACUUUUCUUGGGAAUUUGACAAAAAAUGUCUUAUGACAAUUUUAUUUAUUAUAGUUAGAAAUGUAAGAAAUUCAUUUUAGGACAUUUGCAUACAAUUUGAUCUGUACAGUCAAAGACAAAUAAUCUACACACUUCUUUUCAGGUGAAUACAGACACGCUAAUUGUCAAACUUAUAAUAUUUUUUGACAGACUGAAAAUCUGUCAAUGUGAAUGCACUUUUACUGACUAAAAUAAUAAACCCAAUAUAAACCUUUAUUCAUACACUGAAGAGUGUAUAUAAUUAAUCAUGAAAGUUGUUAUGUCAUUUACCUCAAUCAGAGUGAAUUAUGAAUAAUUCCAGGGUAUUUUUUGUAAAUUUUGAACAUUUGCUAAAUGAAGGCCAUAGGUCUACACAAGAUAAAUUGUUAAAUACCUCAUUUUGAUAGUAAAAAAACCAAAACACUCGUGUCAGCUGUAAGAAGAAAAUUGUUAAAGAAAAACUUUAUUGAGACGUACAUGUAUAUCUUGUGAUAUAUUUUUUGGUUUUAGAAUUGUUGACUACAUUGCUGUGGAUAGUAAAUUAAAAACUCCUGUAUAAGAUAAGUAUUUGAAAUAUGUAAAAAAAAAAAAAAAAAUAGUACAUUUGUAAAAGUUCAAUAAUAAUUGGUGAGAGAAUGGACUUUUUUGGGUAAUUGUUAUUUUUUUUCAGGUAAGAAGUGUAUGUAGACACCGAGUAUGAAAGUAUCCAAUUGUGAAUUUUCUUGUGAAUCCUUGUUGCCUAACUCAAGGUCUGCAGGAAAUUCUGCAUUCUGCAGGUUAUGGGUUCGAGUCCAGCUUGGGAUUGUGGUGCGUGUGUCCUUGGGCAAGGCACUUUGUCACUCAUUGUUUCCCUACGCAGGAGUAAAUGGGUAGCUGUGAGGGCAGAAGUUGAUUAUGUGAUUGAGUUUACCUUUGUUAACAAUCGUUAAUUCUGACCUGGAUACCGUCAAUCAUUUCAUAUCAAUACCUCAGAAUCAUUAUUUAUUAUAUUAGACUUGAAUGUUUGCAUGGUGGAGAUAGGAAUCAGAUCAAGAUUUAUGAAAGCACCUUGUAACAAAUCUCUUCUCUGAGUUUGUGAGUUUCCCACCAGUUCUUUUCAGAACCUCACAAACUCACAGAAGAGAUUUGUCACAUAGUGCUACUGCAAAUCUUUAUCUUAUUUAUAUAUCAUAUUGUGACCUGAUACCGUGAUUUGUAUCAUAUCAAUACCUCAGAAUCCUGAAAUAAUUAUAUUUAUCAUCAUCUUGUGACCUGGAAACCCAGAUAUGUAUCAUAUUAAUACCCCAGAAUCAGGUAUACCAUUGUGAAAACAAUGGUAUCGUUACGCCUUUAGCUGAAAAGUUAUAUAUAUUUAAUUGCAAGGCCAUACGUCUGCACCAGAUAAAUAGUUAAAUACAUCCUUUAGAUGUUUAACAAAUAAUGAAAACACCUUUUUGUGAGCUGUAAGAAGAGAAUUGUGCAAAGAAAUAGCUAUUUGAUGUACAUGUAUAUUUUGUGAUGUAUCUUUUCUAAUUAUAUUUUUUUUUAACUGUUGACUACAUUGCUGUGGUUCUGAAGUGAAUAAUUAAUCAAAAAUUCCUGUAUAAGAUAAAUAUCCUUUUAAAGUAUUUGAAUUAUGUAAAAACAAAACAAAAAACAGAACAUUUUGUAUAGUUCAAUAAUAAUUGGUGAGAGAAUUGAGUAUUUUUGGAACUAUAUUUACAUUGUUUCAGGUAAAAAAUGUAUAUGGGCACAGAGUAUAAAAGUAUCCAAUUGUGAA